GGGGUGGCGUCGGUGGAGCGGGCUCGGCGGCGCGGCUGGUAGUGCUGCGGCCGGGCUCCGGGCGUCCCGGCGGCCACCAUGCUCAGCGUCGUGCACUUCCUCCGGAGCUUCUUCAAGACUCCAGAGCCAGGUGCACACCUGCCAGGUGAAGGUGAGAUUGAAGAUAACCAGCUCCCCACAUCCCCUGCAGAACAAGUGGAGCAGGGAUGGAGCCAUCAAACAGACCGUGAUGAUUCUGAAACGCUGUCCCAGCAGAGUGAAAGCGGAUCAGACACAAAAACUGACCCCUUUGAAAGUGCCUCUGACACAGAGUCCUUGUCUGGGGACCUCCCAAGGGGAGUCUUCCACCCUCUAAGAGGUACUCCUGUAGAUAUAGAAGCACCUUGGGAAUACCCUGAUGUCUCAGCAACUGGACCCCCUCAGGAGCAGCAUUUGACCAGUGUUCCUGGGCUUCAUGCAAAGGAAGAACUCGAUUUGUCCCCUGGCUUAAAGGAUGACUCUUGCAAAAAUGGGUGGCGAGCCUUUGCCACAGUUGCUGGAGAACAGGAGGCAGGACACCUCUGGGACUGCGUGACCAGCCUGGAGCGAGAGUCUUUGCUGGCAGGGGUUCCCCAACACACAGGGUGCUGCUUACAGAGGGCCACAGACAGCAGUGGUCCCGAGCCAGUACAGGGGGUGGCUGUUCAAGACCUCAGAGGGCUCUCCAGUGUUUCUCUUCAGAAAUCCAGGUCUGAGAGCUACCUGGACAUCCCAGUGGUCUGGCCCUUCCUUCUCUGGUGCUGUGAACUGGGUCGGAGUUGGCCACGUAUCCACAACAGGGCCAGGGCACCGGUGCUACCUAGCAGAGGCCCACUGGACAACACAGCCCCUCUGGGGACCAGGACAAAGAAGGAAAGUACUCUAGGCCCUGCAGGGGACACAGAAUUGCUCUGGUCCCAGCCCCACUUGGAUGUCCCCUGCCAGCCUCCUUUGAGGACAUCUUGCCUCCUACGCACCAACCGUCACCAUAGUGCCCCAGAAACUACUGGUGACAAGAACAGGGCAUCCCCCAGACUCAACUGUGGGUACAUGAGGGUACUGGUCAGGGCCCAUUCCAUAGCAGAGUUUUCACCAGAGUGCCCCGAGGAUCCCGUGGGACAGAAUGUUGUGAAGUCUGGGACCCAUGUGAAGGAAGGGGCCGAAAAUGAACGAGAUCCAAGAACACAAAACACCCUUUCCCCUGCACCCACCCAGCUGUCUGGCCCGAUUCCUGCUUUUCAGAGUGGGGCUCCCUGCAAGCCCGGUGGGUUUCGCUUGCAAAGGGCUUCUCAGGACACUCCUUCUGCAGGUCUCCUAGGGGAAAACCAGUUAAGACAGGAUUCCAGGUCAUGUCUGGUGGCUUCAUGCCUCACCUCAGAGUUAGUGAAGCUCAGUGCAGAGGAAGUGCCUGAGCCCGCUGAGUGCAAGUCAGAGCAAAGCCCAGAAAGCAGAACCCAGGAACCCCAAGGCAGCCAACUCGCACCGAGAGCUGCUGGUGAGAGAGAGACACAGAAGCACCUCUGGGGCAUUUCUGUCCAGGCAGAAAACCAAACCAGUAAUUACACAUCAAAGUAUGUGCUCAGCGAGGAAAGCAAGUCACCUACCAGGGCCAAGUUCCCACGGCAGCCUAGCAGUGAGGGGACCCAGGUGUGGAGUGGAGACUUGAUGGGCUGCUCGGAAGUGAGUGACAGUUCAGAUGCCCCCGAGACCACCCAGAAAUCAAGCGCAAUAGACACUUCAAAGGCAGCCGAAGAAGCCAUGGUUCUAGACCCCAACUACAGGGAACAGGCUUUGCAAGGUCUUUCAGAAUUCAAGGCAGCCACGGUGUCUCACUGCGGCCCCGGGGCUGAGGAGGGUGAACAGGGGCCUGGGGGUGCCGGGGGCCGGCAGCUGGAGCCCAAAGCAGGCGGCGAGGCCUCGAGGGGCAGGGGCGCCCUCAUCAUUGUAGCUGUGGAGCAGAAAGGUCUUCAGGCCACCAGGAGCAAUGCGGGGCCUGUUCCAGAAACACUGCCCCGUGACUUUCCUGAGGAAAGACCAGAAUCUCCCCUGAGCACUGGCGAGACCCCCUGUGAGUCUCCCACUAGGGGGAAAACACCAGCCGGUAAUGAGUGUGAGUUGCCAGCAGCCCCCAUACAGGGAGCUGGCGAUGGGGCUCUUCAGCGGGUGGCCCAGGCCGCAGAGCUUGGGAGAGUGCUGGUCCCCCAAGCUGCUUCGGAAGAGACGCCGAGCACAGAGGAGCCCCCGGGAGAGACACUGCGUGGGGAGAGCCGGAGCUCCGGGUCAGGGGAGCGUGGCCCGGAGGAGGCCCCCGAAGGCGGUGCUGCAGCAGCCCGGGGCCAGCGCCCCCGCGUCCCCGCCUUGGAACCGCCCCAGCCGCCACGCGGUCUCCGCCAGGGCGCGCAGGAGCCUGGGAAGCGCCCGACGUUUUCCCAGGUGACCUCCUUCAGGAAGGGCAGGCCCUUGGCCGCUGAGAGCCCAGGAGGGGUCCCGGCCCCGACCACCGAGGGUCGCCGCUGGGGCUCUUCAGGCCCCGAGGGGCUCCCCAGGGAGAAUCCGCCCGCUGCGGCCCGUCGGGACGCACCGCCUCUGCACCACGGGGACGCCAGCGCCUGGCCCGAGUUUGUCCCGCAGGCUGCAGGCGACAGGACUGCAGGGCCGGCAGAAGCGGGGCACACGGGGACCUCAGGGGAUGUUGGUAGCCGAGGGCCUUCCUCUGAGAGCUGCAACGCAAAGAGACUCAAAACAACGGAGAAAAAACUCAGGGCAAGGUUGGCCUUGGCUCAUAAGACCUUUUCAAACUUUUUUGAGUCAAUAGUUCUAGAGAAAGAGAACACCCAUGAACGUUCCCCAGGUUCUCCCAAGGGCGAGAAGGAGAAGAGCAGGCUGCGCCAGGGUUCCUGGCGGGCGUUUCUGAAAAGCAAAGAUGCCGAAAGCCCCAAAAAGCCCGCCCUAGUGAGUCUGCCUCUAGGACCCGAAAUUCUUUCCGCAGCAGAGACCGACAGCCACUGUGAGGAACGGGCGGAGGACAAAGAGGGCUAUGUUUUUAGCGAUCACUGGGCACCCCCACUUGCCUCCACAUCUUUGUCCUCCAGUUUAGUUUCUCCAGAACACAGGAGGAAAAGUGAACCGACCAUCAAGUGCACAGCCGCCCAGGAAGGCGGUAGGUACCUACCUUCAGGUAUCUUUCCGGAAAAGUCCUGGCUGGCGUCCCCCGGCAGCCCUCGGGCCCAGCAGGCUGGAAUCGCGCACACCCUGCCUUCCAGCUCUGCCUGCUGCCUGGCAUAUGAAAACCCCGGGACGCCCUGCAGACCCACGAGCCCCAAGCCCCUGAGUCCCAGGCCUAGUGCUCAGCGGAUGGGUCUCCACUACCCCAGGAGGGGUAGCGCCAUCUCCAUGGUUUCUCUUGGAAGCUACAGCUACGCGGACAGCAGUUCAGGGGACCCUGAAAGACCCAAGAUUCCCAAGGGCCGGACCAGUUUCCUGCUUUCUCUGCAGACGCUAAACCAAGAUGAGCAGAAGGAAGAGAGCAGGGAAGGAGGCCAGGGUCCGCGCAGCUUGGGCACAGUGCCCUGGCUCAGGGACCUUUCUGGGAGUGAGAACCACAUGCCCUGGGAAGAACCAGCAGGUGAGAAGCCCAGUUGCUCUCACAGUCAGAAGGCGUUCCACAUGGAGCCUGCCCAGAAGCCCUGCUUCACCACUGACAUGGCGACAUGGGCCCUCCUCUGCAUCUCUGCAGAGACUGUGCGUGGGGAGGCUCCUUCACAGCCUAGGGGCAUCCCUCACCACUCGCCCGUCAGUGUGGAUGACCUGUGGCUGGAGAAGACACAGAGAAAGAAGUUGCAGAAGCAGGCCCACGUCGAAAGGAGGCUGCACAUAGGGGCAGUGCAGAAAGAUGGAGUCAAGUGCUGGAGAAAGACGAUCAUUACCUCUCCAGAGUCUUUGAAUCUCCCUAGAAGAAGCCAUCCACUCUCCCAGAGUGCUCCAACGGGACUGAACCACAUGGGCUGGCCAGAGCACACACCAGGCACUGCCAUGCCUGAUGGAGCUCUGGACGCAGCUGUCCGCGCUGACGAAGUGGGGAGCGAGGAGGACCUGUAUGAUGACCUGCACAGCUCCAGCCACCACUACAGCCACCCUGGAGGGGGUGGGGAGCAGCUGGCUAUCAAUGAGCUCAUCAGCGAUGGCAGUGUGGUCUGCGCUGAAGCACUCUGGGACCAUGUCACCAUGGACGACCAGGAGCUGGGCUUCAAAGCUGGGGACGUCAUCGAAGUGAUGGAUGCCACCAACAGAGAGUGGUGGUGGGGCCGGGUCGCCGAUGGCGAGGGCUGGUUUCCAGCCAGCUUCGUUCGGCUGAGGGUGAAUCAGGACGAGCCCGCGGAUGACGAGGCCCCUCGGGCCGGGAACAGCGGGGCGGAGGACGGCGGGGCGGAGGCGCAGAGCAGCAAGGACCAGAUGCGGACCAACGUCAUCAACGAGAUCCUCAGCACUGAGCGGGACUACAUCAAGCACCUGCGCGACAUCUGCGAGGGCUACGUCCGGCAGUGCCGCAAGCGCGCAGACAUGUUCAGCGAGGAGCAGCUGCGUACCAUCUUCGGGAACAUCGAGGACAUCUACCGCUGCCAGAAGGCCUUCGUGAAGGCCCUGGAGCAGAGGUUCAACCGCGAGCGCCCACACCUGAGCGAGCUGGGUGCCUGCUUCCUGGAGCAUCAAGCCGACUUCCAGAUCUACUCGGAGUACUGCAAUAACCACCCCAACGCCUGCGUGGAGCUCUCCCGGCUCACCAAGCUCAGCAAGUACGUGUACUUCUUCGAGGCCUGCCGGCUGCUGCAGAAGAUGAUUGACAUCUCCCUGGAUGGCUUCCUGCUGACUCCAGUGCAGAAGAUCUGCAAGUACCCUCUGCAGCUGGCCGAGCUGCUCAAAUACACGCACCCCCAGCACAGGGACUUCAAGGAUGUUGAAGCCGCCUUGCAUGCCAUGAAGAACGUGGCCCAGCUCAUCAACGAGCGGAAGCGGAGACUUGAGAACAUUGACAAGAUUGCUCAGUGGCAGAGCUCCAUAGAGGACUGGGAGGGAGAAGAUCUCUUGGUCAGGAGCUCAGAACUCAUCUACUCCGGGGAGCUGACUCGAGUUACGCAGCCUCAAGCCAAAAGCCAGCAGCGAAUGUUCUUUCUCUUUGACCACCAGCUCAUCUACUGUAAGAAGGACCUGCUCCGCCGCGACGUGUUGUACUACAAGGGCCGGCUGGACAUGGACGGCCUGGAGGUGGUGGACCUGGAGGACGGGAAGGACAGAGACCUCCAUGUGAGCAUCAAGAACGCCUUCCGGCUGCACUGUGGCGCCACAGGGGACAGCCACCUGCUGUGCACCAAGAAGCCCGAGCAGAAGCAGCGCUGGCUCAAGGCCUUUGCCAGGGAGAGGGAGCAGGUGCAGCUGGACCAGGAGACAGGCUUCUCCAUCACUGAACUGCAGAGGAAGCAGGCCAUGCUGAAUGUCAGCAAGCAGCAGGUCACAGGGAAGCCCAAAGCUGUUGGCCGGCCCUGCUACCUGACGCGCCAGAAGCACCCAGCCCUGCCCAGCAGCCGGCCCCAGCAGCAGGUCCUGGUGCUGGCGGAGCCCAGGCGCAAGCCAUCUACCUUCUGGCACAGCAUCAGCCGGCUGGCACCCUUCCGCAAGUGAACUGGUCCCUGCCUGACAGCACCUGCUGGGCUUUCCUGCCAGUGGCCCCCAGUUUUUCUUCCCCGAGGCCCACUCGGCCUGGCCUUCCUCUGCCUGCAAGUGAGCAGGGAUGGGCUGGUGAGUUGCUUGUGCCACCAAGACGUGCCAGGUCUGUACUCCUGUUGUCUUUUUCCCUGCUCCUGGUGCCCUGAAGAGACCAGCAAGGGGGCAGACCGUGCACUCGCCACACCCCCACUGCAGCUUGGGCCCCAUCCGCCCUCUGGACCUGUGUAGGGCCUCACUGCUGGAGCGGGGAAACCGCAGCUCAGCCCAGGCCCAGCUGGGGAGAAGGCGCUACCUGCGUGGGACCCUCUUCUCUGGAAACCUAAUCCUCCUUUCAUUUCCUCUGGGCAGGACUCUCUGGCCUUCUGUGGCCUGCAAUGCCAGGCCAUGUGCCCCUCUGCCCUCUAGUUCUCCAAGUCCCCAGCCCGGCCAGUGGUGCCAGGCAGCUUGCCACUUGGGAGGGCAGAAACCAGGAAUUCCACACCCUUGUGUUGCGCCCGGAGCCCGCCCUUCGCCUCCCAGCCCCUCUAGACACCGCUGGCUGCUGGACACCCUCUUCACUUGUGUGUGUGUGUGUGUGUAGCGGAAAAGGACAAGACGGUGCAGUCGGCUGCAUACUCCCAGUCGGGAAUGUGGUCAGUCUGCCUGCUGCUGUGCGGUAGCUCCAGAACCACCUCGUUCCUGGUUUUGUUUGGAUUUUGGCAUCUUGUUUUUCUAACAAACAAUGGAGAAAAAGAAUUGAUUCUUAGUGACACAGAAGAUUGCCUUACGCUCGUGAGCGUGAGAAGCCAUAAGAGACCGAAGUCUGUGGCUCAGCACACAGGACUGACCCACAGCCCAGGCAGCGGGUGUGUGGAGAUGGCGCCCCGUCCUGCCAAGGGGCGCCAGGAGCAGAGCCAGGGCCUGGCGAGCUGGCAUGGAGCCCACAGGAUUCAGCAGCAUGGACAGUCACUCUUGCACUAUUCCUUCUCCAAGCCAGAAACCACAUUUAAUUAAUUUCAUAAAUAAAUUUAUGAAAAGUAA